UUGUCAUCACUCACUAUCAUAAGAAUUUAUUUGAACAAGUGUUUACACUUAAAUUAAUAUAAAAUAAUUUUUAAAAUAAUGAGGAUGAUUUAAAAGAAUGAUUAUGGUGUCAGAAACCUUCAAGGACCUUUUAGCAACAUCUGCAUCAAUUUGUACUGUAUUGCAAUUUUUAUCAGGAACAUUGGUAUGUAGAAAAUAUAUAAUUAAUGGGACAACUGGAGAUGCUUCAGGUCUUUCAUUUAUCACAUGUCUAAUGUCAUGUAGUUUCUGGUUAAGAUAUGGUCAAAUGAUAAAUGACCAUUUCGUGAUAUGGGUAAAUGUAUUUGGAACAACAUUGCAAUUAGGUUACAUUGCAAUUUAUACAUUAUACUCUUUAAAGAAAAAUGUGAUACUGAAGCAAUUCAUAGCAGCAAUAGUCUUUAUCUCUGCAGUUUAUAUUUACAGUUUGACCCAAGAGGAUAAAGCACUAGCUACAAAACAAAUAGGAUUUUUAAGUUGUAGUUUAACAAUUUUAUUCUUUGCAUCUCCUUUAACAAUGCUGGCUCAUGUAAUUAAACAGAAAAGUGCUGAUAGUUUACCAUUUCCUGUGAUAAUAUCAUCUUUGGUUGUAUCUUGUCAGUGGUUCGCCUACGGCUCUUUAUUAGAGGAUCCUUUUAUACAAAUUCCAAAUUUCCUAGGAUGCAUUUUAUCUGCAUGUCAAUUAUCAUUGUUUGUGAUAUAUCCGACCAAAAAACUCACAGACUCACAUUUUAUUUAGUGUUAUCAAUUUAAUAUUAGAACACUCAAGAUAUCAUGCAAACCAUUAUUUUUUUUUUUUGAUAAAUUACGAUCUUUUUUAUUUAUUAAAAAGUUGAAAAUAGAAGUUUAAUUG